CCACUCUCUCUUCUCUCAAUUGCUUAGUCUAACAUACGCACUAUAAAGCAUAUUUUAGCAAUAGCCGGCCCAACAAAGCUCUUUUUCCACUAGUAAACAUACACAAUGAGUUCUACCUUGCUAACGUACGCAGGUGGUGAAAAUACCACUUAUUUUCUUGAAGCUUGUAGUUUUUGCUCAAAGCCACUUGGUCAUAAUAGUGACAUAUACAUGUACAGAGGGAACAAACCAUUUUGUAGCCAGGAGUGCAGGCAAGAACAGAUUGAUAUUGAUGAAAAAAGAGAGAAAAGAUGGAGAGUAUCUAGGAAAACAAAAGAAACAAACAAGAAAUCAGCCACAGACAACAAAAAUAAUGUUCAAACAGGAACUCUUGUUGUGGCAUGACAACAAAAAUAAUACAUGUGAACCCAUAAAUUAUAUAUUUAAAACCCUUUUUGAAAUGAAAAUAUAUGAUGAAGGGGAUGUUAAGGUAUUAAUUUGUGCUUGACUUGGUAUUGUUGUAUAUAUAAAAUCAUAAAUCAUAUAUCAUAAUAAUAAUUGAUGAUGAUGAUGGAUGAUGAUGAUGAUGGGUUUUGAUGGUGGUAAAUUUUGGUGAAUGGUGGAGGAGGAGAAAGGGACUUUUUGAGACAAUUUUGGUUGUAUUUUAGGUUGAUGUAUUUUUGGGUGUUGAAUUGGUCAAUUCUGUUGUAACUUGUAAGAUAACAACAACUAUUUUAAUGCAAAAUAGACGUAUCAAAAUUUUGAUAUGUUUAAAACGUAAA